CAGAGGCAUCAUGGCGCCCAUGUCACGUGAUUACUCUAUGUGGCGUUUUCUUUGGCUAGCUGCUAGAUCGGCAGCUCUCCGUGAGCUGCGAAAUAAGAAAAGGGAAGAAUAAACAUCCCUCAAAUCGGGCCAAAACGGCCGAUUCCCGAGAUUUAAUCGUUAUCUGUAGACGCAGUUAGAAUUGGACUACAAGAUGCCGCUGUUAGUUUUCCUCGUGGACACGAGUUCUUCGAUGAAUCAGAGAACUCACCUGGGUACUACGUUGCUGGACAUAGCGAAAGGCGCCGUGGAGAUUUUCAUGAAGCUCCGCGCCCGAGAUCAAGCAAGUCGUACGGACCGUUAUAUGUUGGUGAGCUGCGAUGAACCACCGGGAACAAUCAAGUCUGGUUGGAAAGACAACCAUUUGGCCUUCAUGAAUGAGCUGAAAAAUCUGCAAGCAUCCAGUCUAACCGGCCUGGGUCAGGCUCUCAAGACGACCUUUGACCUUGUGAACAUCAACCGAUUGUACUCUGGUAUUGACAAUUAUGGACAGGGUCGCAAUCCAUUCUACCUUGAGCCAGCAAUGAUUAUUGCAAUUACAGACGGGCAUAGACUGACAAACAACAACAGCGUACAAGAUGAGUUAUCACUGCCAAUGAGCAUGGCCAUACCCGGCAGUGAACUGACCAAAGAGCCCUUUCGCUGGGACCAGCGUCUCUUUUCCCUGGUGCUCCGUAUACCCGGCACUGCUCCCUUGGACAACGACCGCAGUGGGUCUAUGGUUAGUGUGGAUGGCUCGCCAAUCAAUGCCAUGUGCGAAGUGACAGGAGGUCGUUCUUACGCCGUGACCUCUAUGAAGACCCUCAACCAGUGUCUGGAGUCCCUGGUGCAGAAGGUACAGAAUGGGGUCGUGGUCAACUUUGAAAAGGUCGGGUCUGAUCCUGUCUCGCAAUCAAACGAUGAAUCAAACGAUGGUAAAUCCCAGGCUCAGAACGGCACUAUCUCGUCAAACCUAGCAGUGCCGAAUAUCAACAACAACGCCCGCCUCAACACGGCAUCCCCGGUUCCUGACAACUCAUGGCACAACUGUCGCAAGUUGAUCUAUGUCCGUCCAAAUCCCAAGACAGGACUGCCCCUAGGCCACUGGCCUAUUCCAGAAUCCUUCUGGCCUGAUGUCAAUGCUCCAACCCUUCAACCACGGGACGCUCAGCCUGCUGUGAAAUUCAUGUGCACAAACUGUGAGCCGAUGCUACUGGACAACCUUCCCUUUGACAAAUACGAGCUGGAACCAUCACCUUUGACCCAGUACAUACUGGAGAGGAGAAACCCAAACGUUUGCUGGCAGGUCUUCGUCUCCAACAGCGGUCGUAACUCGGAGCUUGGUCAUCCCUUUGGCUACCUCAAAGCCAGCUCCAAUCUGACUGCAGUCAACCUGUUCAUUAUGCCCUACAAUUACCCAGUACUGCUGCCGCUCCUAGAUGAUCUCUUCAAGGUCCAUCGGCUGAAGCCCACCCUUGUGUGGCGGCAAGCCUUUGAGACAUACCUGCGUGAGGUGCCAAGCUACUAUGCGGGGCCCCUGAAGAUAGCCCUGCGACGGAUGGGUGCCCCCAACGUCAUCCCUGAUGGCAUGGAGAACUGCCUGAGCUACACUGUGGUCACCUACCUCAAGCGUCUCAAGCAGCAGUCCAAGGUGGAGGCUGACCGCAUGGCUGCCAUGAUUGCCAAGAAGCAGAAACUCAGUGACGUCGGUGUCAAAGUUACACCAAGGUCCCAGAUGCCUUCACUAGCUGCCCGCAAGGACUUUCAACAGCUACUGCAGGCUAUCACAGGAGAGACAGUCAGUAUGAGGCCUGACAGCAACAUCACUGAGUUCCCAGGCUACACGCUGCAUGUUAAAGACCGCAGCAUACGCCCCCGCACCUACCGCAACCCCUUUGACAUCCCUCGUAAGGAGCUCCUGGACCAGCUAGUUCGUAUGCGUACAAAUUUCCUGCAGCUGGCCCUGUCCAAGUCAGCCAGAUUUAUGAACGAAGACACUGUGCACAGUAUUCCCAUGGCAGAGAUGGGUAACUACCAGGAGUACCUGAAGCGAAUGCCCAGCCCACUCCGAGAGGCUGACCCUGCCCCCGCCCGGCUCCACACCUUCGGUAACCCCUUCAAGCUGGCCUCAGAUAAGGACAAGCAAAAGUUCAUGGUGGAUGAGGCAGAUGUAAACGAGGCCAUGACAGGACCACAGCAACAGCAGCAGCGUCGAAGACUGAGCAGUGACUCACCGCCAGGCUCACCAGCUGCCAAGCGAGCAAGGAGUCCAGCCACUGCACCCCCUAGUCGCAGGCCAACCUCCCCUGGGGUACAGGGAGGAAUCAUCUUGAAGAAACCCUUGGCACAGCUGAUACAGUCAAAACAGAAGGCAGUUUCAAAUGCAGCAGCAUCAGGAUCACUGAUGCCAGCAGUUGAAACAAAACCAUCAUCAGAACCUGUCAUUCAAGAGAACUCUAUCAACCUGCCAAUGAACAUUGCCACUGAACCUGCGAGUCAAAACAAUGCCAAGGACGUGGAGUUUGAGCAGCACCCCCUGCCAGAAUCAGAACUGACCAAUCAUGUGGAGGUGGAGAGAACUAUUCAGCCAGUCGAGAGGGAGCUUCUGGCUAGGUUGGGUUCGGCCAAUAGAACAGGGAUGCCGAUUGGCCAACAUGUCUCGCUGACUGACAUUCGGACAGUGAAAAGGUCGAACAGCGAGGAAAAUGUUGCAGAAAUUAAUUCAAAGUUAAAACAGGCCAUCGUAAAAGAAGUGAGAAAACCUGGAAAAGAUUUUUCCCGGCUUUUCGUCCACCUCAAUGCCAUCCAGGGUGACCUGGACACCAAGUACCUCUUUGUCAACAGCAUCAUCCGUGAGGCUGGUCGCUUCAAGCGUCGACGGCUUAUCGAGCUGCUGGAGACAUUUCAGCAAUCCAUUGUCAAGUAUGAGAUGAACCACGGCACUGCUGCUGCUGCCACCGCUGUAACCUCAGCCCCAUCUAAGAAGAAAAUGAACAGAAAUCACGUUGUGGCAUCCGCAGCACCGAGGUAGCACAAAGCUUUAUGGGAUUAUUUUGUUCGUUUAAUAAAUAUAUGGGUGGUCUGGAACCUCAACCCUUGAACCGAGGUGCUAAGUAAUGCAGGAUUUGGACAAGGUAGACUUGUAUUGUAUAUUGGGAGGACUAAUUUAAAGUGGCAGCUGUUAUUAAAUGUGGCAUGAUAUUUAUGUGUGACCGCCAUCUGAUGUCCCUUGGCUUGUUCUGCUGAAUAACAAACAAUUCUAUGGCUAUGAUCUGAUGCCAAUUUUAUAAUUGACAAAUGUUAUUAAAGGUUGGGAGAGAGUCUUUGGGAAAGUGUUGUACCAGGCAACAGGCAGUAUGUGGGUUGACAGAAUGAAACCUUCACAGUGACAAAUUUAGUUGGUGGUGGUGGUCAGAUGUCCCACAUGCAAAAUUGGUUGUUGUGAGUGGGGGGGGGGGGACAAAAGGAUGUUAUAAUUUUGAGAAUGUUCAGUUUUCAUAGGGGUGGAAGAUUUUCCAGUUGUCUAAAGAGACAACUGGAAAAGAAAGAAAUGCUUUCUCUAGUCCGCUGUUCUCCGUUAGCUUCAUGUUACUCAUUCGUGUAAUUUAGUAGCCUUAAUUAUGACACUGGAUUAGCACAGAGCAACAUACAACUUAUUGUAUUCAUUUGGUCUACACUUCUUAAAAGUUUAGUGGAUGUUUAUGAGGCCUGCAGACUGGAUAUCUAAUGUGUGUAUUGUUUCCCACAACUGUUCCUGUAUUUUAUAGGCCAACUCCACAAUGCCCUUUUCUGAUACUUUCAAUAAUUUUUGCCACACAUUAAAUAUGUCGCAUCUCUUUAAUCCUUACCAUUCCCAAGAUGGCUCUUCAAAAAUGGUGUCCCUUGAGCAAGUUCAAGCAGUUCAAGCAGGCACUAUAUUUGUCCAUAGUUCAAUGAACUUUACUUGUACAUGUGAAUCAGUGGUGAUAACUUGUACAUGCGAGUCUGGUGAUCAGGGCAUCAUUUCUACCAUAAAGUGUUGUGUGAAGGUGACUGUGUGGCUAAUGGCUAAUGGAUGUGCACACAAGUAAUGGACACUUUCUCUCUCAUUUGCAGCAUUAGAUUGUGCAUUGAAGGCAUGUAGGAACAUUGGUAAUUACCUGGAAACCAACCUACCGAUUUAACCCUGACCCUCAAUCCUCCAAAAUCCUCCAGGCAGUUUUGGAGGAUUUUGGAGGAGUGAGUUUGAAUGGCAAAAAGUGGUGGUUGAUUUUGGAGCAUGCAUUAUGUCGAGUUCGUAGGCUGUACCCAGCAUUGUUUAUGUUCAGUCCUGCAUAAUUGAGCCUUGCAUUAUGCUCGAUAUCACCCGCACUGCUUCUGAGUGUCAUCGGCAUUAACAGUGGUUGUUGGAGGAUUUUGCAGGAUUGAGGCAUUGGUCACCCCUCAAAUGAACAAAAUCAAGAAAUAACGGAUG